UUUCUCUCUAACGCUGUAGCGGAUGAUGUAUUUACUCGCUGAAUGACAGCUGCACGGUGGUUGCCAAAUUUGAACCCUACAGUCAGUGUUGCCAUAUAUGGAAUGGCAAAUGGGCCACUGGAGCAGGCUAUGGAACUGUCCGACCUGCAGAGGGACCCUCCUGCCCAGUGUUCUGCUGGACCAGUCGGUGAUGACUUGUUUCAUUGGCAGGCAACAAUAAUGGGUCCAAGUGACAGCCCAUACCAGAGUGGAGUGUUUUUCCUCACCAUUCACUUUCCAACAGAUUAUCCCUUCAAACCACCAAAAGUUGCAUUCACAACAAAAAUAUACCACCCUAAUAUCAACAGCAAUGGAAGUAUUUGUCUGGACAUCCUGAGGUCACAGUGGUCACCUGCACUCACAGUGUCAAAAGUAUUAUUGUCUAUCUGCUCCCUUCUUUGUGAUCCAAAUCCAGAUGACCCUCUGGUUCCAGAGAUUGCUCAUACAUACAAAGCUGACAGGGAAAAGUACAACAAACUAGCAAGAGAAUGGACACAGAAGUAUGCUAUGUGAGAACACCAGGGAGAUCAAAAUACAAACGAGAACAAAAGAACCCACAAAGGAUUUGUUACUUGAUACAAAUGAACAACGGAGAUGAGGGAAACGAAAAGUUUAAAAAACAAAACAGCCCACAUUUUGAGAAGGAAGCGAUCCAACGCGGUACGGCGCCUCUUGGCUUUUGGUGUGCUGAGCUGCUACAAUGUGCUGUCCUUCAUUACCGGUAUAGAUCUGCAGAGCAGGACCCGGCGGCCUACUUAAAGCGCUCCCAUAUGGAAUACUGGAAUUUCUUUACAGUCCCUGAUGCCACACACUGACUGUAAACUGGUAGUCAUUCUGUCGUGAAUUAUCACGGUUGUUAUUCAUACGCUUCA